AUGGGCUGUAAAAUAUACGCAGAGAGCUUGAAGCUGAUGAAGGACGAUCUCAAAGAGAUAUUGGGAACAACGGCCAAGCCCCAUAACCCCACCGACUUCGUUACGAUCACCGACGAACAAUUCGCUCUUGAACAAUGGAAAAAAGAGAUCGACGAUGUAGACGCAUCUAUCCAUGACCGUCAACUCGCCCUCAAGGUGGCACGAGUUCCCCGAGCUGACGCCGCCCUCAUCUCAGCCAUUCUCAAGGAAGAAGAUCGAUCGCGGACUGAUCGACGGAUAGCUCUACACAUGAGCGGGAAUAUGGCGCCGGCAGCCGAAGACCAAUCGUCACCCUCAUUGUACGAGCAACAGAUGUGCCGGGUGGUUGGAACAAUCAUGGCCGAAGAAAAGCCUGAUUUGAAGCGCAGUGCAGUGGAUAUCUCUAAGGAUGAAAAUGGAAAUGGAAAUGAAAGCAAGCAAGCCAGUCUCGAAUGCGUUGCAUGCGGCGAGCAAGGCAUCUUUUUCACAAUGGUCGAAGCACCUUGCUCACACUACUAUUGCCAGGUCUGCCUUAUUCAGCUUUUCUCGGCUUCCCUGAAAGACGAAUCUCUGUUCCCACCACGUUGCUGCCGUAUACCUAUGCCCCUGGAGCCUGUGCGAACACUUAUCGGGCCGGAGACCUCGCGCAGAGUAGAGGCAAAAAACAUCGAGAUCAGCGAUACUUCUCGAACGUACUGCUCAAAGCAAACUUGCUCAGCGUACAUACCCCCAACCGGAAGCAAGGCAACUGUGGCACAUGCCAAGAGUGUAAGCACCAAACAUGCAUACUCUGCAAAGAGGACUUUCACACACCAGGAAAGUGCGUUACAAAGCUGGACCCGGUAUUCCAACUGGCGGAGGCCGAGGGUUGGAAGCGUUGUUUUAAGUGCCGGAAUCUUGUGGAGCUUGACACGGACUGCAACCAUAUCACGUAAUUAUUAUCUGAUCAAUCCACUUUGGUACUGCAACUGA